AUGUGUUAAAUAAUACGAAGCUGCAAUUAACCAAUAGAAAAACGCUAAAUUAGAUUAAUUGAUGAGAGAUUAUGUCAGAGUAGCAAAUAGAGGUAAAAAUAUCACAAUAAAUGCAAUUAAAAAAUGCUGAUAAAAAUCUAAAGGAAAUUACAGCCUGUUGCAGAAAUACAUAAAAAAAAGUAACCUCCCUCUGUUUCCUAUUCUAAUAUAAUGCAUGAUAUCGAAGAAUUAAUGUAACUCUGCCAUAAAAAAUAGAAGACUAAAUCUAAAGCACCUGAUUAUCAGUGA